AUGGCCUCCCCACGCUCCCUCCCCGAAGCGCGCAACCCGCUCAUCUUGCCCGAGCACACUCCGCCGCUCGAGAUCCUCAUCGAGCGCCGCCGCCUGGGACAGACCAACCUGCAUGUCAAGCCCGGCCAGAUCGGAGUCUCCAAUGCAACCAAGGCCGAGAAUCUCGGCCUGUUCGACUAUGCCCACUUGCGCGUCCCGCUGCCCAAGGACCUCAAGGGCUCCGGCAUCUUCAAUUUGCAGAAGAACCAGGCUUACCCGGAGUCAUACUUUCUGAUGCGCCGCAGCAAUGAUGGCUACAUCAGCGCGACGGGCAUGUUCAAGGCUGCGUUCCCGUGGGCCUCCCUUGCAGAGGAGGAGACGGAGCGCACUCACCACAAGUCGCUGCCAACCGCGGGGGACGAGGAAGUGGCUGGCAACGUCUGGAUCUCUCCCGAAGACGCGCUCUCCCUUGCGGAUGAGUAUGGCAUGAAGGCCUGGGUGGUGGCGCUUGUGGACCCUGCGCCCAUUGAGAAGGGCACCAAGGACAAGGGCUCGCACGAGAUUUCUACUCCGCCCAAGUUCAUCGUUCCGGACAAGAACACGCUCUUCCCUCCGGCAUCGGCGACCACCGUGCGCACGCGCGGCAGGGAGUUGCGCUCCGCAUCACCCAGCAAAUCGACCCCGCGCAAGAUUGCUUCUCCCCGCAAGCCGCGCACUACAAGGAAGAGCGCGAGGGAAGCCCGCGAUGCGACGCCUAGUGCGCUGUCCAAGGAGCUCGAGUCCACCCCUGCACCCUCGGAGCCGACAGAGUCUGUGAAUGGCGAGGGAGCUGCCGCUAGUGUCGAAAAGGUUCGCGUCGAGGUGGAUGAGAUAGUGACGAAGGAGGGCGAGGUUGAAACUACAACGACCGCCGUCAAGAUCGACGUGCCGGCCGAUCAUCCGGACCUGCCGCUUCCCGAGAGCCCUGAGGAAAUGAUCGCAAACGCACGCAAGAUGGUUGAGGAGGCCAACAAGGCCGAGGGCAGCAGGAACGUACAGAAGCGCAAGGCCGAGGACCUGUCGCCUGAAGACAUGGAUGCUGAUGAGACUACCAUGGAGGUGCAGCCUGUCAAGAAAACAAAGGUGCUGGAAGAGGAACUGCGCAAGGAAAGGGUCAGAUCAAAGGCGUUUAUGGGACUAAGCGCAACGUUGGCCAUUGGUGCGAUGAUUCCCUUUUUCCAGAGCCUGCUGUAG